AUGGCGACCAUCACGAACCCAGUGGACCGACCCUUCCACAUGAUGAAGCUACCACCCGAGCUCCGUCAGGCCAUCGUGGAUGAGUGCGACAGCGAGACCCUGGGUCAACUGAUGAGCACCUGCCGUGCCAUGUACGACGCCAGCGCCCCACGAGCGCGUGCCUCCAUCCAUAUCAUGGCUGGAAAGGACAAGAUCUACAAGCUUUUCGAAAAGUGCUUGCGGUACCCGCUGAUGAUGGGUUAUGUGAAGAAGCUUGGCAUUAUAAUCCCGCAAGAUCAUGGGGGCUUCGCCGGCUUACGCCUUCACGAUGAACCCGGCGAUUACCGUUUCGGACUGGUAGAGUUUAUUUCGGAAAUGCAUCGUCUUCAGCAGAUCUACAUAUCGAUUGCAGAUACCGAAGCAUACGAAGAUAUCUGCAAGGAGUUGGAACAGGGUUUAUGUCAUCCAAACGCAAGCGUUGUUGCUGUGUAUCCUGAGCUGAUCUCAGGUUGCGCACCGGAGUUUGCCAGAAGAAUGUUCAUCGGCCGGCAAUUUCCCAAUCUUCAGGCGACAAGUUUUGAUUACAGCAUCGCGAAGCAGCUUGGCACAUGGUCUGACUUAUGGGAUGACCAAGAAGAACCCAAUGAUAUCAGCCACCUGAAACUGUAUGAAGAGGAGCUUCCAGCGUCACGGGUCAGUAUGUCUGAGCUCGAAGCGCUGUUUUGCUUUUUCCCGAACCUAGAGAUCCUCAUCUUGACAGGCACUCUGAGACUGCAACUAGACAGCUGUCAAAUCGGUCCGCUAGCUCGUGCACUCAACCCUCUCAAGAACCUGACCAGGCUAGCUAUUCCUUGCUAUUAUCCGUGGCAGUGGGAGGAUGACAUGUCUGAAGAGCCGCACUACUCUCAGCGACUGCAAGCCGCUAGAGAAUGCCUCGAGGCUAGCCCAUGCGUUGAAGAGCUGUGCAUCAUUGGUCCCCGGAAGCAUCUGACCUUUUACUAUCCCCACCGGGACGCCGAUAGACCGGAAAGAAUUUCUGACAUCGAUGUCGUGCACUCCGACAUGGAAGAGACUGGUGAUAAGUGGCCUUGUCAGAUUCUAGAGCUCGACUAA